AUGACAACGGAUUACGAUGUUAUUGUUGUGGGAGCUGGUAUUUUUGGAUCCUGCACUGCCUACAAUUGCAAAAAGCUUGGACUGAAAACAUUGCUUCUGGAGCAGUUUGAUCUCGGCCAUGGAAAUGGAAGCUCCCAUGGAAAAAGUAGAAUCACUCGUUAUGCUCAUACUGAGGUCGAAUAUGUGGAUCUUGUGGGAGAUUCAUACAGUCAAAUCUUCGAGCUGGAAAGAAUUCGUGGCGAAAAAUUGUGGAAAAAAACUGGUCUACUUUGGGUGUCUACUGGAAACGAAGUAGAGAAGAUUCACAAUAACCUAAAGUCGAAAAACAUCGAACACGAAGUUGUGAAAGGAUCCGAUGUAGAGAAACGAUACCCUCAAUUUAACCUCAACGAUGAGUGGAAUGCUUUGAUUGACCCAAUGGGAGGUGUCAUUUAUGCUGAUAAGUGGCUCAACGCUUUUAGAGAUGAAUUCAAAAGGAUGGGUGGAAUUCUUCAUGAUCGUGAAACUGUUCUCUCCCACACCGAAGUAGGCGACAAUUUGUCUGUGGUCACCAACAAAGCCAAAUACACAACAAAGAAAAUCGUUUUUACCGUUGGAUGCUGGAUCACGAAGUUCCUUCCAGACGUAAAGUUCAAUAUUGAGCCAAUCAGCAUUUCUGUGUGCUACUGGAAAGCCAAAGACAAUUCAGAUAGUUUUUUGCUUAACGAAGAUCACUAUCCAGUUGUGAUUGCUCAAGAGAUGGACCUGAAAGUUUUCCACUACUCUCUGCCGGAUACUGACUAUCCAGGAGCCAUCAAGAUUUUUCAGUUUUGCUAUCACUAUGGCGAUGCCCUCACCAAAGACUUGCAACAUCCGGAGAAGCGGUCUCAGCGUUGCAUUGACCUUCCAGCGAAAUUCAUUCAGAAGUACAUGCCAGUGAUUGACGGUUCAGCUCCAGUUAGAGUUGACAAAUGCAUUUAUACGAACUCACCCGACGAUCACUAUAUCGUUGGACCAAUUCCAUCCAAGAAUCCGAACAUUUUGGUCGGAGGUUGCGGAUCUGGAUCUGGAUUCAAAGUUGCUCCAGGAAUCGGAAAAGCUCUAGCUGAGAUGGCAGCUGGCAAAAAGACGACUGUUGACGUUUCGUUCUUCUCAGCAGCUCGUUUCAAACCUUCUAAAAUUUAA